UUUAAAAAAAAUUGAAUUAAAUUUUACUUCUGGUUUCAUAAUCUCAUAGAAACGAAGCGUCUGUUUUGUUGUGUUUGCGCCGAAGCCAAAGAUCUUUUUCUUAAUCUCCUUCAUGUCAAAAUUUAACGUUCAACAUUUUCUUAAAGAUGGGAUGAUGAUUAUCUAAACUAUUUGAAAUGGUUAUUGGAACUGAAAGCAACAUCCAUAUCUAUGAUAAAGAUAUCGAGAGGUUGCUGGUUUCUUUAGACAAAAUUUGUGAGAAAGUUGAUGGCAGAGAAGCAGAUGUCAUAUUUUUGCGUCAUUUACUACAAAGUCACUCACUACAAGCUCUUGUUCUAGUUCACAACAGAGUUUCUACUUAUAAUGGUCAUCAGAUACGUCCAGCUGUCUUCCAAACUUCUAGUCUCUCUGAAGAGGUAGAAACAAUUGUGAUAUCAUUAGAAUCUAGUUUAAGUUCCGAAGCUAGAGAACUGAGCUUUUUACUUCAAAAACCUCAUUUUCAGGCACUAUUAGCUACACACGACUUAGUAGCAAAAAAAGAUUUUGAUCCUGCCCUACCUGAGAUAAUUCAAGAAGGAGAUGAUGAUGAAGAAACUGUAAAAAUUGUACAAUUGGUGAAGAGUAAUGAACCUUUAGGAGCCACUAUUAGGUAUGAUGAAACAACUGGCUCAAUAGUUAUAGCUAGAGUUUUACAUGGUGGAGCAGCUGAUCGAAGUGGUCUUAUCCAUGCUGGAGAUGAAAUUCAUGAAGUAAAUGGGAUAAAUAUUAAAGGAAAAUCACCAUAUGAUGUGGUAACUAUUUUGCAAUGCAGAGAAGGACCUAUAACUUUUAAAAUUGUUCCUAAAGAAGAGUGUGUUCCAUCGCGAGAAAGUCGUCUUCGAGUACGAGCUCACUUUUGUUACGAUCCUUUUGCUGACAGCCUUAUACCUUGUAAAGAAGCUGGUCUUCCUUUUUACAAAGGAGAUGUCUUGCACAUAGUGAACCAAGAAGAUCUCAAUUGGUGGCAAGCUAGAAAGCAUGGAGAGAAGAACUCUCGAGCCGGUUUAAUUCCUAGUCGACAACUUCAAGAAAGGCGAUUUGCAGAAAUGAGAGAUUUGUCAUCUUUAAUUCAAGAUGACUUUGUGGCUGGCUGCAAAAUACCUGUUCGUAAGGACCAUCGACCAAGAAAAAUAAAAAAGAUAAUGUAUGAUGCUACUGAAAAUGAUGAUUUUGAUAGAGAAGAAAUUGCUACUUAUGAAGAAGUGGCUCGAUUAAACCCUAGGCCAGGCUUACACCGUCCCAUAAUUUUAAUAGGUCCACCUGGAGUAGGAAGAAAUGAGCUCAAGAGAAGAUUAAUUGCUUCUGAUCCUGAUCAUUUUAGACAAACCAUACCACAUACUAGUCGUCCAAAAUUUCCAUGGGAGAUCGAUGGCAAAGAAUAUUUCUUCAGUUCUAGGGAAAGCAUGCAAGAAGAAAUUAAAAUGGGUUGGUUUGUUGAAUAUGGGCAGUAUAAAGGUAAUUUGUAUGGCACCAGUUUGGAAACUGUCAAGUCUAUUAUUAAUGCUGGAUAUGUGUGUGUCAUGACUCCUCAUCCCCAGGCAUUGAAAGUAUUAAGAACACCUGAAAUAAAACCCUACCUCAUCUUCAUCAAGCCCCCUCCUCUGGAAAUAUUAAAAGAAACAAGAAUUAGGGCUAAUGCUAGAUCAACUUUUGAUCAGUAUUGCUCUAGAGGUUUUACAGAUGGUGAAUUUCAUGAAAUAGUAUAUGGUGGACACAAAUUAGAAUUUUUAUACGGACACAUGUUUGAUGCUGUGAUUGUAAAUGAUGACCUUUUACGAGCAUUUCAAGAAUUAUUACAUAUAGUGAAAAUAGUCGAAAGAGUGCCUCAAUGGGUUCCUGCCAGUUGGGUUGCAUCCAGCUAAAGAGUAGAAUCAGUGCAGAAAAAAAAAUAGUGAAACUAGAAUUUUAUUUUUAAAGUGUCCAUAUUUUCCAUUGUGGCAUCAUUAAAAUGAUGCAAUUUUAUGUGAUCAGAGUUUUUAUACUUAUAACGUUUAUAAAUAUAUUUAUACAUAGAUUGUACAUAUAUAUAGAAUAAAUUAUUACUUAAGUUA